AUGGGCAAGCAAGACGCAGAGGACGAUACAGCAGUAAGGAAACUGAGAGAGAAAUACGAAAAGAAAGAGAGAAGCAGAAGGAAACUUCUGGCAUCUGACACAGUAAUAACCAAAGACACGAUCAGGAAAAUAGUUAAGGUUGCUGGAGUAGUCCAUCUGAAACUAUCUGAGAAAAUCCAAAACCUCCUGGAGAAGAGAUUCGCCGAGAAGUCUGAAGCUGACACUCCGUGGAUUUAUCUCAACAAAAAAUGUAUUCAGGGCGACGUGGAUGCGAACGGCGAGAAGUCAGACUUCUUCGCAGUCAAGGAGGAGAUUGCGCAUGAAACCAAAACGACAAUCACGGGAAUUUUGUCCAGAAGUGAAGAUCAGCUUUCAGAACGCGACCCCUGUGAAGAAGACGGAACCUACACUGCAGUGGGCAUAGAGGAAAUUGAUAAAGUAACGAUACACAGGAGGAGAUACGACACUGGCGUCCAGGCUGUUCCUGAAGUUCAGUCCUCAGAAGUGCAGACACAUCCAGGACUUCCAGUCAACGUGUGGUCACAGUACUCUUACGAUGUCGACGAAAUAGGCCAGCUGCAACCUGACAUUUUAGUCAGGUCAUCACGCUUCCUAAAGGCUAAACAAUCGGAAAUUGAAGACGCUCUUAAAUACAAUGAAGCAUUCGAUCACCACAAAGAUGACUAUCAGAACCUCAUCCUAAGGAAGAGAGACACAGAAAUCCCGAAGCAACUAACUUAUGAAGAACAAGAAAUCUUUAUUGAUGUUCGAUUGUGCAAAGGAAAAAUUAUAUCGUGCGCUGCUUGGCAUCCGAAGAGAGAAGGUUACUUUGCGACAGCGUACGUGAGCAACCGUCCUGGUAGACAUUUUUCUGGUGUUGACACGGCUUCCGAAUAUCUGCCGGAUGUCGAGGAUUCACCGGAAAACAUUCACGACAGAAAUCCUGUGCUACUGUGGAGCUUCAAAGAUCGAUUUCACUCAAAACUGACUCUUCUUAGUCCUCGACCUGUCCAGUGCCUAAAAUUCUGCCCGCACAACGCAGACAUACUUGUAGGCGGACUUACCAAUGGACAGAUAGUUAUAUGGGACCUUACGGAGAAUCUAAGACGGAUAGAAGGAGAACUUGAUACAUCAGAGUGGCGCGCAGUGGAAAGAACAUCUUUAGUAUGUCGAGAUGGAGUUCUGGAAAAAGUUCCACCAACUUCACCAACGCUACAGUUCUUAUCGUGUUCUCUUGAUGGCCACAUGUAUGGAUGGAAUUUGUUGGAAGUACCUACACCGAAACGCAAGAAAGUGGUCCAGAAGAAGUCUGCGAAGCGGCCACGUUCUGAAGGCCCCGAGCGGACGCCUGUGUCUCCGUACGCCAAACUGCACGGCUUACUGCAACCCCAUUUCAAGGUCUCGGCUGACUACCCUAUUUCCAGUUUCAGUUCACCACUACCUGCUAUUUCCGGCAAUCGGCUAUCAGAGACGGAUGAAGUAGCCUCGACAUAUGGAGAAAUACGUCCAGAGGAAGCUUUGCAGUUCACUUCCAUGGCAGAUGUGCAUGACGGACCAAUAGAAGCGCUGGAAAGGUCUCACUUUGUUGAAGAGAUAUUAAUUAGUCUUGGAGGCAGAGUGUUCGCUAUUUGGAGCGAAGAUUACAAGGGGCAGCCUCUCUACUGGAGACAGUAUAAGAUUCGACUGACAGCUUGCCGUUGGUUCCUUCAUCGUCCCAGCAUGUUUCUUAUUGCGAGAGAGGAUGGACGUUUCGAAACCUGGAACUGGUUUCUUGACAGUUGUCAACCAAUACACAUAACCGAUGUUUUGGGAAAGCCACUGACAGGAAUAUACCAGAGUCCAAUAAACCAUGACAACAUAUUUGGAGUUGCUGAUUCAGGAGGAACAUUCAGAAUAUUUAAUGUCCCUCAUGAAUACACAGAAUUCCAUCCUGAAGAUGUUAUAAAACUGAGGAAUAUGUUUGAACAACAUGUUGAGUGCAAACGCCUAUUAACAUCAUGGACGACAAAAUGGAAAGAAAAAUUUGCUGAUUUUUUGAAGCAGAAAAGGAAAGAAGCUGAACGCCUCCAUAAACUGAAAAUGAUAAAGGAAAAGGAGAAAAUACGACUAGAGAAAGAAAGGCUUAAAGCCAUUAAAGAAGCAGAACUUGCAUUGCAGAAAAGAACAAAGCUAUUAAAGUGGCAGAAAGCACAGGAAAUAUGGGAUGCUAAACAAGAGAAACGAGCAAUAGGAAUACUCCUCAGUCAGAAGAACCUAGAUAAUGACCACCUAGAAACAGAGCAAAAGCCAUUCGUGAAAUUACAGGAGGAACAAAAAUCCAAAAGGAUAAAGCAGACAGAAGUAAUAAAUAUGAAUGAAAGUAUUUAUAAGGAAAUACUCUCUCUCAAAUUCCCUGAUCUCAAAGAGGUAAGAUAA